AUGCCUUUGUUAGGCGUUCGACCCAGACGGAGCGACAGAGACCUGAAGCGGCGUAGCACCCUCGACCCAACCGGCUUCUUCCUCCGCCGCAGCGAGCAGGCCUCGCGCCCCAAUGCGUCUGCCGAAUUCCUCCAUCCAGACCGUGGUGCCGCAUCGCAGGAUGGCAGCACGCCCGAUCUGGCGGCCGAGUCGCCCAGGCCGUCCGUGGAACCACCAGCUCCGUCUCCGCCUAUCCAGGAACCAACCCCGAACACGAAGCGGUUCAGCAUGCUGAGGCACCGCCAUGCAUCAGACUCACAGCUGUCGGCAAAGGUGCGAGCACAGGCGCGGGCACAGGCGCGGGCACAGGCACAAACUGCAGAACCCGUCCCGCCGGUGCCCGCCAUGGCUGCAGCACCAGCCCCUGCGAUCAUCAUGACGGCGCCGACCAUGGAGAUUGGUGACAAACCCCAGAGGAAGAAAUCCAAGUUCUUGCUGUCUUCGAGAAGGCGGAACUCGGCUGAACCAAGCACCGGAAGGCUAUCUUUCGGGCGGAGGUCAACGGAGAGGAGAAGAGAGGACGUUGAGAACGGUAUAGAAAGCGGAGCUGGGUCUCUGAGGGAGGCUGUGGACGCUUCUGGCGAACCUGGUCGACUGUCCGUUAACCACGCUCGCAAGGCGCCUUCCGAUCCUGGAACUGAGGCAAACUCCCCACUGGUGCCGCCUGCCGCAAGAUACUCAGACUCAUCCCGGUCAGAUGCAAGCUCCAAUACAUCCACAGACCAUGUUACGUUUGCUACGCCUGCGACGCAUCCAUCACACAACAAGACCCUCUUUAGUCUGCCGCGAAAGAAGAAGAACCGCAAUUCAUUAUUCCCGUUGCCAGUUAAGAUACCUCCACCGGAACUGCCAAACACAGCUCCUGCCACUCCUCGUGCUUCCACAAGCGCUCUGAGUUCCGGCUCUCCUGUCCGCUCGCUUGGAGACUACAGCCCUCCUUUGACUGCAAUACGCCGCUCCAACACUGCAAACAGCUCCCCUCUUGCGACUCAGCCAUUGCCGUUGCCCUUCCAAAAUGCACUCGCGCCGUCAACUGUAAGCUUCGUCUCAGCACUGCUGCGUAAUGAUUCGACCACGUCUGCGAGAUCUUCUAGGUCGUCACCCGCUCUAGCACCUCCAAUGCGUCUCACUCUCCGAGAGCGUUCCUCUACCAUGGGAUCGACCAGCGAGCAUCCUGAACCUGGACAACCGCCUACGCCGCCCUUCGCGCCAAGUGGACGUAAUUCCACCUCGACCGCUGGGCGGAAUAGUUUCAGCCAUCUGUUCGGGCUGGGUCACAGGUUACGAAAGGAUUCUGGUCCUGACUCUCCUCGACACGGGUCUCCCGGUCGAUCUUUUCCUCCCACAUCAGGCCGGAACUCGCACUCCACCUCGCUCAACAUCAGCCGGGAGCACUUGAUCAUACCUGAGCGGGAGGAUGGAGAGUCGCCGGGUAGAUAUCUGGAAAGACUCGAGGAGACCGUGAACCGCAGCUUGAUCGGAACCAUCCUAGCCAAGUCCGACGAUCCGUUUCUUAUGGCCGUCAUGCGAAGCUACAUGCGCAGACUUACCUUCUUCGGUGAUCCGAUAGACAUGGCAAUUCGAAAGAUGCUAAUGGAGGUCGAGUUACCACAUGAGACGCAGCAGAUCGAUAGAGUGUUGGGCAGCUUCGCCGAGAGGUACUGCGAGUGCAAUCCUGGCAUCUUUGUGUCCGCAGACAAGGCACAUUUUAUUACUUUUUCAAUCAUUAUGUUGCACACCGAUGUAUUCAACCCGAACAACAAGCGGAAGAUGCAGAGGCAAGAUUACAUCAAAAAUUGCCGCGCUGACGGUGUCCCCGCGGAUGACGUGCUCGCAUGCAUCUACGACAACAUCGUCUAUACACCUUUUAUCCACAUCCACGACGAGUUUGAGAUCAAGGGCACAGCCUCCCGCAGGAAGAAGACGAAGGACCUUAUCAAGAGUGCUGCAGCCGAUCCCGUUAAGAAAGCCACCAAGGAGCCUAUUGACCCCUACACAAUCAUAUUAGACGGGAAGAUGGACGUUCUGCGCCCGCCUAUAAAGGACGUUAUGAACCUCGACGAUCCCUACGCGUACGCUGGCACCGCUCCCGGACUGGACAUCAAGUAUCUGCAUAAUUCAUUUGCCAGAUGUGGAGUAAUCCAGAUAGUUUCCGCACGCUCUCGACCUGAAGCCUUUAUGUCUCCAACCACAAUCGAGAAUCCCCUUGACUCCCAAGCGGGUCUUGUCGAGAUGCCAGUCACCAGAGUCGGGAUCCUUUGGCGGAAAGACACUAAAAGAAAGGCGGCGCGCUCACCGUGGCAAGAGUGGGGAGCAAUACUGACGCGGUCAGGCCUGUCCUUUUUCAAGAAUGCGAUGUGGGUGAAGUCGCUGAUGCAUCAGCUCGAGCUCAACGAGAAGCAUGGCCAUGGCGGAGUUCCCGUCAUCUUCAAACCGGCGCUUCAAGAUUUCAAACCAGACCACGUCAUACCUAUGGACGGCGCUGUCGCGGUUCACGAUGCCACUUACAAGAAGCACAAGCAUUCGUUUUUCAUCUAUGCGAAAGGCGGUGCCGAAGAGGUCUUCCUUGCAGAUAGCGAACGCGACAUGAACGACUGGCUCGGUAAACUCAAUUACACAGCUGCGUUCGAAACGUCCGGGACACGGCCAAGAGGGCUUAUCGGAGGUAACUACGACGGGCAGCGGCACCGCGGUCUGCGCAGGCUAGAUUCUGACUAUUCCACAACCUCGGUACAGACUGCGACCGGCGAAGUAACUAUACAGAGAGGAAGGAUCGACACACAGCUCGCACAACAGAUCGCAGCUGCACGGAGAGACCACGUCUUGCAGAGGAUCAGUGAGGCUGAAGAGAGGCUAAGCAACACCAUCAAGCAGCUGGACGAGCAGCUGAGGGAUGCGAGGCACCUGCAGAUAAUGGCACCUAUCCAGCCCAAGACUCGAGAGCACGUGGUACAUGCAGCCGGGCGCAUGUCGGCGAAGCUCAAGUGGACCCGCAUCGAGAUAUGCCGUAUGAAGUGCCACCGGGACAUUCUUGCGCUGGAUCUCGAAGAAGAAAGGCGGUUCAAUGGCGAGUCUCAAGCCCGGAUUGAGCAGGCCCGAACUGGUAACGCUGUUGAACUGUCACCGAGACACCUGAAAGGCGGUCAUCUAGCUCGACUCAACUCCAAAGCUAGCACAGUCAUCUCAAGCCAGAAGAGUCCGACGUCGCCCGUCAUGCAUUCUCCGCAGGCCUUCACCCUCCGCCCCGGCACCAACUCUUCACUAGAGAGCGAGGCUGCCGCGAGCGACGUCUUCCGCACACCUCCAGAAGCCACCUCGCCUUUGACGCCACAGCAUCCACAAGCUCGGUGGAAGAUACCACCUCUGACCGUCGAGUCUCCGCCAUCAGACCACCUCAGCUCCCCUGCGCAAUCGUCGCGGCCCGAUGUCCUCGAACAUCGUCCUUCUGUCUCCUCUGUCAGCCAGUCCAGCAUCUCCUCCGUACCCAGCCGCUACGCAACCCCCGCACCACCAGACGACCCCGCUCGAGCAGCGCUAGAGAACGGUAUCGGUGUCGCCAUGGACGGCGGCCGCCCUGGCACCGCCUCCUCCAUCUCCUCCAUUACGGACCGCCCGCCCCAAAGCACCGUAGCCGGCUCCCCAGAGUCUAGAUCCAGGGUCAGGCGAUCCCUCCACCGUACCCUCCGCGACUCGCACGGCUCAACUUCCCACCGCCGCUCCGCCCACAAGGGCAAAGACUCCGUCGGAAGUAACGGGACGGCUGCCGCGGACGACUGUCUCCACAUCAGCCCCGACGAGGGACUCCAGCGCGGGAAGGGACCGUUUACGGUACAUGGCAAGAAAGCAUCCGUCAUCACCUUCGGUGGGGAGUGGGGCAAGCUGUCCGCUGAGGAGAGACUUGUGGCUAGGAAGCAGCAGGCCGUGGACGAAGGCAAAUCGCUGCAAACGGACAAGGGGACGGCAGAGUUGGUUGCGACGGACGAGGAGGUUGACCCUGUCAUAUCGAUUGGACCGGGCGGUGGUGCGAUGGGUGAAGAGCAGUCACCGAGAAUGAAGCCGCCGCCGGCGGCUGAUGCAAGGGAGAUGCAUGCGCUGUCCUCUGACGGGCAACCGGCGAGCGUACCGAAGGUGGUCGAGUCUGGCAAGGAGCAGAAGUUUUGGCAAGGUGGAGAGAAGACGGAUGCGGCGCAGAGGCGGGCGGUGUCGAGUUCGGUCGCGAAACCAGAAGAGGGUGCAAAGCCAGAGGCGCCAAGGGGCCAGACUUCGCAUCUGCAGGCUGUUGAGGCGUAG